CAAAAUCAUUCAAAUACCCGGUAAUUUACUAAUCUCCAUCCCAUUUCUAAGACACACAACGGUGCCUCUUCCUGAGCCCUCCGGCUGCUCGGCUCUCGCUCUAUCGCUCUCUCGAGCUUUUUUUUUGUGCUGUGCGCACCGGUGAGGUGGUUUGUCAAGUGGAAGGGAACCCAAAUCAACAAUUAGAGUUCUGCAGCUGCAACAGGAGUUUUGCAGUUUCUAGUAGAUAUUUUGUGGUGGGCAGACCAUCUGUAUCUGCAAGCAUGAUGAGCACAGUUGGCCUAGAACUUGCUAAUUUUUUGAAUGCUGAUUUGUCUUGGAAGAGGGUCUCAAAAGGGUCUAGGAGUGCACCAAGGCGUCCCAGGAAACCAGUUCUGGACAUAGCGGAUAAGACGACCAGAAGGGCAGAUGACACAACUGUCUCCGAGUCUGAAAAGGUUGGUGUUGCUGUUCUUGGACGGCGAUUCAGAGAGAAUAUAGAGCAUGUACCAAUUAAGAAGAGGAGAUUUCCGUUUCGAUCUCCACCACCACCACCAGCUCGGUUGUCGUCUCCUCAUCUUGACAUAUCUGAAACACUUAUGGCAACUGAUGUGAAUGGUGGUGUUGGAGUUGGUAGUGGAAAAAUUUCAGAGGUGAUAAGUGAAAAGCUUGGUCACACUGAGGACUUCUCGGGCAUUGAGAUGCUUGCAGCUAUUGCCUGCAACAACCGCAUGGUGGAUGAUACUGAUCAUGCUGGGGGGAAUCUGGUUGUGGAAAAAUCAACUCAGGAUAGAACUGAAACAUCAACUUCUGCAAUAGCUCUGGCAGAAACUACUGCAUCCUUGGAAACAGUCAAUAUUUCCUCACAUGAAGAUGGAAUGGAUGGCUCGUCUUUACAGGACAAUACGGUGGAAAAUCUUCCUAGUGACAAUGAUGGCAAAACAACUGAAAAUUUUGUUUCUUCGCGAGACGAACGGUUACACUGGGACCUUAAUGUUUCAAUGGAUGCUUGGGAGAAACCUUAUGAUGUUCAUCCUCAAAAAAAUGUUGUAGAAAAUAUAUCUGAUAGUAAGCAGAGUGAGAAGCUACAGGUUUUCGAAGGUUGUGAGUUACAGAGGGAAACUAUGGAUAUUAAACAUGACAUUGAAGGUGCAGUGCAGUCUACUGUGGGUGGAGUUGUCUCAUCUGAUGAUCAUGGUGAUAUUAAUAUACCUGUAGACUUGAGAGUCUUUUCCCUUGGAUCAGACAGAUCAAAUGGAGAGGAACAUGAAUUGCAAGCGUGCUCUGGCCUUGACAGAAUCCAUGAUAAAUGUGUUACAACUACAACUUGUAAUGCUUUAGAAUCUUCAACCUAUGAUGUUGCCGUCACAAAAGCUCCCACUGAGGUUGUCAACAUGGAUGUAAACGUUGAUCCAUUCCAUGGAUCAGAUGAUACCAUCACAUACACAGGGGCGUCUGAGAAGAAUGGUAAUAUAUCUCUUGACAGUGUUAUUGCCAAGGAAUCUGAUGUUGCUUUAACUUAUGCACCGGUUUCAGAGAGGACUACUUACAAGAUUGACGGUGCUAUUCAAAAAGGAGAUGGCACGGAUACUGGCACAGCAUCUGGUUUGCAUGAUGAUGAGAAUACUCCUGAAGAGAUGACAAGUGUCGACAUUUGUCUCCCAUUAGAACCAGUUCCCCUUGAAAUCAAGCCUGUUAUUAGAGCAGCGGAAGUGGAUGCUCACUAUUCUGAAUCCCACUGCAAAGAUAUUCAUGUAUCAGGCCAAUCUGUGGUGACUAAGGAUGCAAAGGGUCAAGCUGAUAUUGCUUCUGUGCCUCAUAAUGCAGGAGUUAAUUCUUCAUUGCAUGUUGGGUCCGAGUAUGAGGAUGGGGAGUUAAGGGAGUUGAAUGUACAUUGCUGCAAGGAAAAUGAGGGCGCUUAUGGGGAACUGGAAUUUGUGAACAAUUACUCCCAUAACAUGGAUACAUCAGAUGUUGAUGAUGUGGAUUACCUGACGUAUGAAAAAGUGCAAGUUGGCAUUGGAUGCAGGGAAGAAAGAUCUUUUGUGCGGAAUACUGAGAAGAAUGUAGAAGUUCAGCAGGGAUCAAGUCUAGGAUCUGAUACUCUUAUUGAAAGAACAGGACAUUUUGCCACAGCGGAUGCCGUAAAAGAGCCUUUAGUGAGGUCUGAGACAAAAUCUGGAGUUGAUAACUCGCCAUUGGGUCAUAAAAUAUCUGACAAAUUGACUGUGGGAGUAACUGAGGGCAGCACGAUGAGGAAAAUUCCUGAUGACUGCAUGGAUGGGCUUAAUGAAAAAAAUUGUCCUCUAGAACUAGUUGAACCAAAGAUAUCCGAGAAGGAUUCUGAAUUUGUGCAGAGGAGCAGAUCUGAUAAUUUUGAUUCAUGUACUCGAGCUGAAAUGGAUGAUACUACUGACCAUUCCAUUGGAAGGGAAAAAUCUGCUUUGCAUGUGAAAGUCCCAACAGUUGGUCGGUUAAUUAGUCCUUCAACUGGCUAUUGGGAUUCAAAACACCGUGAAUCGCCUACAUAUUUUGAUUCAUAUGGCUCUGGACGCCCGAGACCAAAAAGUGCUGUUGAGAGCUGUGGUUAUGUGAUGACUUCAGACUGUACAAUGUCAGGAGCGGUAUGGGUUGCGAGAGUUGAUAACCGGGUCUAUCAGCCCUCACCUAGAAGGAGAUCGCCAUCUGAUAGGGCAGAUGCUUAUGGUAUUCGUAGAGGAAUGGCACCUGUAAGAGAAAUAAGUUCUGAUAGAAAGUUUCAGAGAUAUCCAGUGGGGGGGGUUAGUCGAGGCCCAAGGGAGGAGUACCACAGGCCUGUGCUGGAUGGCUCCAGAGACUAUUCUUAUCGUGUGCCUUAUCAUAUGGCAAAGGGAGAACAUAGCAUUUCAUCCCCUAGUAAAGGGCGACCUCUUCAUUAUACUCAACCCUACAGGAAAUCUCGGUCUAGAUCCAGAAGUCGCUCUCCUGUUGAAUGGUUGUUGCCAAGGGAACGAAGUGAAGGUUCAAGGCAUCAUAGAAGCCAAUCUCCAGAUCAUAGAUUUGAGGCUGGAAUGGAAAGGGUGAGAUUGCCCCUUCAGAAGCCCAUUUUUUCAGCAGACAAUGAAGCAGGGUUCAUGUCCCCUCCAAGACGUCGCUUCUCCCCACAGCGUAAUUCCAGAUGGUUCGGUGAUCAAAUUGAGUCUGUAGAUCAUUUCAAGGGCAGGAGAUUUUCUGUGAGGACUUUCCAACAAAGCCAAAGGUUUGAUCCCGUGCAUUCCCCUCAAGGAUUGGAUUCAGAUGAUUACUUUGAACCCAUGAUACGUCCUGGAAGAUUUGUUGAUAUGGAUAGCACAGGUAGAGGAUGUAGUGAUAAUGAUAGAAGGAAACAUGGUGGUAGAUACGAAAUAAUACAUCCAGUGAGGCGUUAUGGUAAGAAUGGUGUCGUUCGGCGUUUUCGGUAUGGUGCAGAAGAUUGUCUUGUGUCACAAAACUCUCACAAUUAUGAUGACUAUGAUAGGGGUAUUGAUAGAAGGCUUAGGGAUGUACCUAGGAGAGUCAAUGAAGAUAAAGGUCAUUUACGAUACAAUCAUGGUGGGCUAUUUGAUUCCAGCUCGAACUCAUUUAGAACACAAGAUGCCUAACUCAAGAAAGAGAGAACAUUUGUGACUUUGAAUUGGUAUGCCUUUCUUCCCGCUUGGAUAAAUUGGCAGUUAGAUAAGAGAUUGUUUAACAAAUUAACAUGUUAAACAUUUUCUUCUUUUUCCUUGGUGGAAACCAUCUCAUUUCCGCCGAUUUUCUUGCUAACGGCCUUGUGGAAAUGACCUUUCUGAUUCCCUUUGCAAGAUUUUGUAGUAGGCCUGAUGUUACCUUCAACUUAUUAUGACAUGUUCCUUUUUUUCUCCUUUUGGGGUAUUUUCCUUCUGCCGAACACUGGCUAUUGUAACCCGUUUGAGCCCAUAAAGAUAUAUAUGAUUAGUGAAAAUAAUUUCGUGCCUGAAUUCAAGGUUUUUAA